AUGAUCAACCAUAAUCUUCGAAGGGGGGAUGAGAUUGAGCAGAACUAUGAUAAAAACAAUGAGGGAAAUAAUGAAGAGGGAAAAAAUAACGUCGGAAAACUGCCACAGCUUGUGGCUGUCUACGGGAUCCCCCCAAAAAACCAAACAGGAAAUACACGCUAUUGCAGAAGUCAUUAUGGAUCCUCUGCAAUAUAUCGUCACGGAGAAACAAGGCUAGAGCACUCGAUACAACAACAUCCCAGAGGCGAUGGCUUUCUAGAUCUUGCAAAUCCUCCACAUCCCGAAGUCCAUAGGAAUCGCGGACUGGUGAGAUUGAUACCGGAUUCGGAACUGCUCACCUUUACGUACGGUGAUUUGACGCCAGACAGUAUCUUCGUCGAUGGCGGUGGGGACGGCCGAACAUCUGUGAAGGGUCAUAAGAAGAAACGCACGGGAAUUAGCGCCCAUAUGAAGUUCAUCAAAGAGACAAUUGCAAAGAUGGGGGAGGCAGCCGGGGUGAUGAAGAAACCAGCGGAUGUUAGUCAGUUACGGCACCAACAGGAGAAACUUACGGAACGGCGAGAAUUGUAG